AUGGUCACGCACAUAGACUCCACCGUGUAUGCUAGCAUCGAUACGCUUUUCACUAGCGGGGAGUCCAUGAAUGUCGCGACUGUACGGGAAAUCCUCCGGCAUGGCCCGCCGCGACGGCUGUUCAAUGUGUAUGGCUCGACAGAGGCGACGGUACACACGACGUUUUACCAAGUCUGGGCCGCUGAUCCAGAAGCAGGCAGCAUACCAAUCGGGCGCCCGCUGAGUGGAUACCAGGUUUUUAUCGUGGGUGAGAAGCUUCAAUGCGUUCCUGACGGUCAAAUCGGGGAGCUCGUGGUUGGUGGUGUAGGAGUCUCCGGCGGGUAUUUUCGCAAUCCCCAGAGGACAUCGGCCGGGUUUAUAAGCGCAAAGCACCUCUGUGCAGGAAAGUUAUAUCGAACUGGAGAUCUCGUGCGGAGGAACGCUGCCGGACUGCUAGAGUGCCUGGGGCGCCGGGGCAAUGAGGUCAAGAUUAGCGGCCAGCGCGUCGAACUGGAGUCAGUCGAGCGUUGUCUACUCAACACUGGGCUUGUGUCGGCAGCAGCUGCGCUGAGAGUCGCCGAGCAACAGACCGGGGGUGUCUCCACGUUGGUUGCAUAUGUGGUACCCCGCAAUGGAAAAGUCAUCGAUCCGGCAUCGGUACACGCAGCAUACAAGCAAAGCGCUCCGUAUCCGAUGCCCCCCCGUGUAAAGAUCGCUAAGGCGUUGCCCCUGACGGAUAAUGGUAAGGUUGAUCGCGGUCAACUUGCUCAACAUUACAUGGAAGAUUGGAAAGUACCAUGCAGGGGCAGAGGGAGCUCAGCACCCACUACGAGAGCCGCGAGAGCCAUCUUCAACAGCUUCGGGGCGAGGUUCUCGGGAUGA